AUGCUGGGCUUGGUGGCCCUGACGAUGGCGGUGAUUUACAUAGUGCCGCGGUUCACCAAGCGGAUUCCUGCUGCGCUGGUAGGGAUACUUGUAGUCUCGGUAUUGGUGAUCUUCGCGAGCAUCAAUACUCCGACGGUCGGCGACCUCUCGAGCAUCGCGGGUGGGUUCCCGACGUUCGGAGUGCCUGAUGUGCCGUUCAACUUCGAAACCUUACGGAUCAUCGUGCCGUUCGCAUUCGUCCUAGCCGGAAUAGGGCUGAUCGAAUCACUGCUCACACUUACGUUGAUUGACGGAUUGACGGAGACGAGAGGUCAGAAAAAUCGUGAGUGCGUGUCGCAAGGGUUAGCGAAUGUGGUGACGGGGUUCUUUGGCGGCAUGGGCGGUUGCGCCAUGAUCGGCCAAAGCAUGAUCAAUAUAAAAGCCGGUUCAAGGUGGCGGCUGGCGGGCAUCUUGUCAGCUCUACUUUUACUGCUGUUUAUCGUAUUUGCGUCAUCAUUGAUUGAACGGAUUCCGAUCGCUGCUCUCGUUGGGGUGAUGUUCGUAGUGGUGAUCGGUACCUUCUCAUGGACCAGCCUGCGAAUUAUCCGCAAAAUGCCUGUUUCAGACGCAGUGGUGAUGGUCCUCGUAUCGGCGGUUACAGUGGUUACUAAUCUGGCGAUCGCGGUCGUCGUCGGAGUGAUCGUGUCGGCCUUGGUGUUGCUUGGAAAACUGCUCUGCACCUCUCCGUUGUGGUAA